UUCCUAGUAAUGUAUGAUGAACUCGCGAUAAACUCGUAAUCGGUCAGCCUGAUACAUUAGCCAAUUCCAAAUUAUAGUUUUAACAGUGUGUUGUGUGUACGAGAUAUUGAGGAACAUUUACACAAUUGAUUAUGAAUUUAUAUUGGAAAGCAUUUUGCCAGAUAAGACAACGGUCUCAAAUGCCAUUGCUACAAGUAGUUGUAAAAAAUUAUGAUAUUGCAUGUCGACAGUGUUUUAUAGAGAAAAAAUAUGCAUCUUCUAGUUCUUCUAAGAUUAAAAAAGAUUCCGUUAACAUAACAUAUGUUGCUACUGCUGCAUCACUUCUAGGCAUAUCAUACUAUAUUUUUAAAUACAAAAAGGAUGUUUAUGCUCUCAGUAAUACGCAAGAUAUACAAUGUGGUAAAUUACGUAAAGAUAUGAAGACAUAUACUAUGGAAGAAGUUGGAAAACAUGAUAAUAAAGAAAAGCGUAUUUGGAUUACUUUUAGACAAGGUGUAUAUGACAUAACAGAAUUUAUAGAUAAGCAUCCAGGUGGCUCGUCAAAAAUUUUAAUGGCAGCAGGAGGUUCCAUAGAUCCUUUCUGGUCUAUUUUUGCAAAUCACAAUACACCAGAGAUAUAUUCGUUAUUAGAAUCCAUGAGGAUAGGAAAUAUUUCUGAAGAGGAUGCCAAGUCCAACAAGAAUGAUUCGCAUGAUGCAUAUGCAAAUGAUCCUUCUAGGCACAAAACCUUAACAAUUAACAACCAAAAACCUUUUUGUGCAGAACCACCACCUCCAAUAUUAGUUGACAGUUUUCUCACACCAAAAAAUCACUUGCCAGUACCUGAAAUAGAUUUAAAGGACUAUACAUUAGAAUUGACAAUAGAAGGAGAAACUAAAAAAGUAUUUGAUUUUGAUGCGUUAAAAAAGUAUAAGAAGUACGCAAUAACAGCUGCAGUAAUGUGUGGAGGAAAUAGGCGUUCAGAAAUGGCAAAGGUAAAAAAAUUGAGAGGUCUCAGUUGGAAUGUAGGUGCAGUUGGAAAUGCCAAAUGGGCAGGUGUACGAUUAUGUGACAUAUUAAGAGAUCUAGGAAUCAAUGAGAAUGCAUUUAGUCAUGUUCAGUUUGAAGGAUAUGAUCUAGAUCCAUCUGGAACGCCAUACGGUGCAAGUAUUCCUAUUGCUAAAGCUAUGGACCCAAGGGCAGAUGUGAUUUUAGCUUAUGAAAUGAAUGGUCAACCGUUAAGUAGAGAUCAUGGAUUUCCUUUAAGAGUAAUUGUCCCUGGAGUCGUAGGCGCGCGGAACGUAAAAUGGGUUAAUAAGAUUACAGUUUCGAAAGAAGAGAGUCCAUCGCAAUGGCAACAGGGCGAUUACAAAGGGUUUUCACCAAGUACGACUUGGGACAAUGUUGAUUUUUCCAAGUCGCCUGCAAUACAAGAGAUGCCUGUAAUAUCAGCAAUUUGCAGUCCACAAGAUGCAGAUACAGUUGAAGUCAAAAACGGGAAGAUCGAAGUAAAAGGUUACGCAUGGUCUGGCGGUGGCCGGAAGAUCAUUCGUGUUGAUGUAACCAACAAUCAAGGAGCAAAUUGGCAUACAGCAAAUUUGUCAGAGCAGGAUUUUCAAGCAAAAGAAGGUCGAUAUUGGAGUUGGACGUUAUGGAAUGUGGAACUUCCCGUAGACAAGAACAGUAAGGAGACGGAAAUUUGGGCAAAAGCGGUCGACUCAGCGUACAACGUUCAGCCUGAAAGUUUUGCUAAUAUCUAUAAUCUACGCGGGUUGCUAUGCAACGCGUAUCAUCGAAUUAAAAUUGGAUUGAAACAAUAGGUUUGUUCUUCCUAAGCUGAUGCAUAUUAAUGCAAUAAGUUAAAGUGAGACAAGUAUAUUUUGUUUCACUCUAACUCGUUGAAAAGAUUAACUAAACUCUAAUCAUCCAUUUCCUUAAUUUUUGUGAUUGGUCAGCCAUGUUUGUCGAGCUUAUUUUAUGAAUAUAACUGGAAUAUUUAAAAAAAUUAUAUUUUAUUAAAUACAAUUAAGGUAUAAACGAUUUUAGAUAAAUAAGUUCAGACAUAAGGCUUUCUCUCUUAUUUUAUACACGAAAAAUAUGUUUUCUAUAUGAUACUUUAUUGCAUUCUGUGUGAUGAAGAUUUAUGUGACAAUGUGGAAUAGUACAAAUCAAAUUUGUUAUAUUUUUAUACACAUAUAUUUUU